CGAUUCCGCUGCUAGCUUUAUGCUAACCUGACAGAAGUAGUCUGUGUUUUUCAGUGCUUCGUCUGAUACAAGAACUAACGUCAGCUUUUACUUUCUGACAGCAACCUGCAGAAGUAUCGCAUGAAUGUUAACAGUAAAGCAUGGCUGUGUUUGAGAACUGCUCUGUGCUUUUGGAGCUGAGGAAUUUGCCCUACACGGAGAAGAAGAAGCUGAAGUCAGCAGUAACAGAGAAUGGAGGCCACAUUUUGUUUGUGGUCAAUAAAGAGUGCUCUCUGGUAGUGACCAGUGAUGUGUCCAACCUGAGCACCAACAGGCUGCGUAGCAUUCAAAAAUACCAAACGCCCGUGGUCGGGGUGGAUUAUGUGUACAGCUGUCUGCAGAGAGGAGUUCUUCUGCCUGUGGAUGAAUACAAGCUGGAUACUUCCUCUCUCUCCACUUUUUCACCUCCUCUUCCUCUCUUCUCACAGAGGCAAAGCCCACUCUUGCAUCAAGUGUCCAAAGUACCAACAAGCAAAGCAGUUGGCGCGCCUCAGAGGGCAAAGAGUCCGGAGAGGAGCGGAAACGUCCUGGGAAAGUUCAGACAUUAUACUGAAACUGAUUCUGAUCUUCCAACGUAUCCGGAUAAUUUUCAAGUGGCCAAGUAUUCGAUUUUUGAAAAGAUAAAUAGCAACACCUGGUGUGUGCUGGAGCUGCAGAGUUUCAAAGGAGAGAAAGGACGGCAGUACCGUGUGGUCAGGUACUGGAAGGAUGAUGUAGCAGCCAAGAAGGCGGCGGUGAGGGAUAUGCUGGUGUUUCUGUCCACCUCAGAGGAAGCUCUGGAGGUGUACAAGGCCCUGAUAGAGACCCUGCAGGCUACUGGUCUGCAGCUGAGGAGCAACAUCCCUCCGCAGGCCCAGGACCUGGGUUCCGCCCCCCUCCAGCAGCUGCUGCUGGAGGAGAAGCUGAACACAGGAAGCUUAUCACAGGAAGUGGGCGUAUUUGUGGAGCUGCUGUGGACCGAGGCCCUGGGCUGCCUUGGCAACAUCCUCAGGGUUUCGAUCGAUAAGCUCAGCCUCAAUGAUGUGAGCAGGGUGGAGGGCUUGUUGCUUCAAGCUCAGAGGAAGCUGAGGGAGGCAAAUCAUACUGAGGCGGCGUCUCUCAUGGCUGAGGUUUACACGCUGCUACCACACCAAGCGCCCCAGUUUCUUCCCAAUGCCAAGCUCAUCUCUCAGAAACUGGACCUCUGUCAGUUAAUCAGAGAUGUUCUGAACGUGAGUGAGAUGACUCUGAGAAGCCCAAUGCCUUCCUGUCUGGGGAAGUACCGUGCUCUGAGAUGCAGCAUUGAGACGGUUCCCUCCAGCAGCUCCGAGUUUCAGGCUGUGACCUCUCUGCUGCAGGACAGCAAGGUGCAGAUCCAACAGGUUCUGCGUGUCAGCAGAGGGGUGGAGCUUCAGACGUUUAAGAGCGAGCUCGGGAACAUUAAGCCCCUCCUCCAUUCCUCCAGCCCCCGCAACUUUGUGGGAGUCCUGUCUCGUGGUCUGCUGCUGCCCCGUGUUGGAGUGGAGCAUCAUGGGAUAGAGAGAACAGAUGUUGGUAAUCUGGGCAGUGGAAUCUACUUUAGUGAUGCCAUCAGCACCAGUUUGAAAUACUCCAAGCCCAGUGAGACAGAUGGCUCUCGGCUGCUGUUGGUGUGUGAUGUGGCAUUGGGACGGUGCAGGGACGUCAACAAGAAAGACCUCACACUGACCCAGGCUCCUGAAGGACACCACAGCGUGCACGGGGUCCGCCGCACCCCUAACACUCACUCUGAGUUUGAGGAUGAUGAAUAUGUGGUGUACAGUCCUGAUCAGGUGAAACUGAAGUACGUGGUUCAGUUCAGCAUCGAGGGAGACCAACUGAAAGAGUUCAGUCCUGCCAUCGACACCUCAGCUGAGCCUAGUCUGCCAUCUUCUGACCAAGAGCUCGGUUCGGAGGAUGACGGGGUUGAAAGCAUUAAAAACCCACUGGAGGGUGUGACAGCUGGACUGCUGGACAGCUCCGGUCAGCAGCUCCCUCUGCAGGCUGUCCACGUGAAGUGCAAACUGAUGGAUCUGCUCUCUCAGGUCAUCAUUUUCCAAAAAUACACCAAUCUAAGUUCUGCGCCCAUUGAGGCAAAGUAUGUCUUCCCGUUGGAUGAUUCUGCAGCAGUGUGUGGAUUUGAAGCUUUCAUCAAUGGGAAACAUGUGGUGGGACAGGUGAAGGAAAAAGAGGAGGCUCGCAAGGAGUACAGGCAGGCUAUUGAGAAAGGUCAUGGAGCCUACCUCAUGGACCAGGACGCCCCUGAUGUGUUCACCAUCAGUGUGGGCAAUCUGCCACCUGAUGCAACUGUCCUCAUUAAAGUUACCUUUGUGUCUGAGCUGAUCGUCAGGGACGGGAGUAUUCUCUUCUCCCUGCCUGGGAGUGUGGCUCCAUGGCAGGAGAGUGCAGCGCUCAACCAGACCACACAAGUCACUGUGGAGAAGGUGUGUGUGACUGAUGAGGCAGCAAGUACGAGAGAGUUCACCCUGGAUAUGUCAAUUGAGAUGCCCUAUGAGAUCUCCAGCCUGAAGUGCAUCACUCACAAAGUCAAGAUUAAGAGAACAGACUGUAAGGCAGUGGUGAGCGUGCUGCCAGGAGAGGUCAUGGGUCCAGAAGGUUUCCAGCUGUCAGUCACUCUGUCUGAGGUCCACCUGCCCAGGAUGUGGGUUGAGAAACACCCUGACAAGGACAGCCAGGCCUGCAUGUUGGUUUUCUAUCCAGACUUUGACGUCAACUCCAGUCCAGCAUCCGAUGAAGUCGUCCUGUUGCUGGACACGUCUGAGUCCAUGAAGGGAGAGUCUCUCCGCAUGGCCCAGAGAAUCGCCCUGCAGGUCCUCAAAACCCUCGACCACAACCUCAGACUCAAUGUAAUUUUCUUUGGCACAGAUCACACAGAAACUUUCCCGACAGCACAGCCGCUUGUUGAAGCUCGUCAGGCAGCCGAGAGGUUCAUCAAGCACUUCUCUCCUGUAGGGGGCAGCACUGAGCUGUGGCGGCCCCUACGAGCGCUCAGCCUGCUGCCUCCAUCCCGCGGCAUCAGGAACCUGCUGCUGCUGUCGGAUGGCCACAUCCAGAACCCAGAGCUCACCUUGCAGCUGCUCAGAGACAACGCUCAGCACAGCCGCCUCUUCACCUGCGGCCUCAGCCCGACAGCCAAUCGGCACAUGCUGAGAGCCCUGUCUCAGGCAGGGGGUGGAGCCUUUGAAUUCUUCGACACAAAAACCAAACACAACUGGGCAGAGAAGGUGGCAUGUCAGGUGAAGCGUAUGGCGUCUCCUGGUUGCAGUUCAGUGUCUGUAAAGUGGCAGCAGUUCAAUCCAACAGCGCCCCUUCCUGUGCAAGCCCCCAAGCAGCUCCAUGCUCUAUUUAAUGACUGUCACACCCUGGUUUACGGCUUUGUGCCGCACUGCACUCAGGCCACCCUCCUUGGAAACCUGAGUGGUCAGGAGCUCAAAACCAUGGUGUCAACCAGUGAGCUGCAGAAGACCAGGGGCACAUUUCUUCACAAGCUCACAGCAAGGGCCCUCAUCAGGGAUUAUGAAGACGGAAGCCUGGAUACCAAUGAAGCUGAACAUGAGGGGAAGAAAGCAGAGUUGAAGAGCUUCAUCAUCGAGUUAAGCAAAGAGUUCUCGAUCCUAUCUCAGUUUACCAGUUUUGUGGCCAUCGAGGAAAGGGACUCAGAACAAACAGAGAAGGGCUUCACAGACAUCCCCGAGUUGAUCGCAGAGGAAGAUGUGGACUUCCUCCCCUACAUCAGCUGGAUUUCUCCUCAGGAUAGUGAAGAGGAAGGAAUGAAUGAAGACAAGGCUGAAUAUUGCUGUUUCCAUGAUUUGACUGUGUGUGAAGACGACAUUUUUUAUAUGAGAGAUGAGGAAAAUGUUUGUGUGGAAGAGGCGUAUGAAGAGAUGGAAUCUGAAGAAGUGGGAUUUUAUCUGUGCGACAGACUUCCGCAACCCGAGUCGCACACUUUCAGUGUUCAUCCAGGCCUCUCAUUUGAUCCUCCUCCUCCUCCUCCUCCUCCUCCUCCUUGCCCAUCUCCUCCUCCUGUAGCUAGAAAACCCUCUCCCUCUCUCCAUUAUGAUGAGUCAGUUCUAGUCAGUGAGUCAGUGGUGACACAUAUAAGUUCAGGGAACUUAAGGAUGCAAGCUUCCUUUUUACCUGAAAUUCCCACGCUCAGAGACAUCAGGAAUCUUCUCAGUGGUGAUCUAGGCAUGCCUCAGUUGGCUGCUGAGUCUUAUGGCACAAACAAUAGUUCCCCUGCCUCUAUGAAAAUCCUCUCUUACACAGGACUUGCACCUGCACCUUCUACAGAUGAUUUCACUAGAAAUUCAAAAAGAGAUCACUGCUUACACAAGCCUCUCUUUGGGGUGGGGAGGAGAGAACACAGUUUUGAAGUUCAACAAUCAGGUUUUGGUUUCAGUGGCUCUAAAGUUAGAGAGGAAUUUUCUGGGACUUCAGAACCCCUUCUGCCUCAAGUCCAACCCCUUAAAUGGGAUUAUCCAACAAAAGAUGCAUUGCAUCCGUCGAUGCACCAACUUGAAAACAAAUUCCCACGUAAGAAAAGGAUGGCACUAGGCUCAUUAAGAAUGCCUGAAGCAGUUCAACCAACAUUUUUUUCUUUUGGGGCAAGUCAGGCCCAGAGUGAAUUUGCCCCUGAUGGAGGUGUACCUCAGCCUGUUUUCGGGAGUGGGAUUUUAAAUAGUAGUCUAAGUCGCCCCCGAGCUUUGCAGAAGGCUUAUCCUGCGUCAGGCAUGAAGCACCCUGAUCCUCUGUUUUUACCAGUUCAUCGACCCUUCGAGAGAGAGGCAGCAGAUCCUGAAGUACUGAAGCUCAGAUGGACAAAGAUCUUCAAGAUGCAGCAUUCAGAGGGCUUCUGGGAGUUAACCACAGAACUGGGUGAAUUCAUAAAUGUCGAUGUAGAACUCUUUGCCAACGUGUUCCUGAAAAGCAAGGGCAUCCAUUCUCUAGGUGUGAGGGCCCAUGCAGACAUCCUGAAGCUGGUGGCGACUCUUCUGGUUCUGCAGCUGAUGAGGGUGGAGAAGCUGGCGGAAGGCAAAUUGCUCCGCACCCUCUUCUGCCUGGACGACUCAUCUCAGCCCAGGCCCGAGCGGUGGGAGGAGGUGAAGAGGGCGGUGGACUGGGUUUGCUGGGCUGACCGGCAGUACCCAUGUGUCUACAGCCGACUGGAGUUUGGUUUGAGCUGGGAAUCCUCCACCCGUCAGCUGCUAGGUUACGAAGGCCUCCCUCCCUCCUCACCUCUCAGUGGUCUGAAACUGCAGAGGACCGCUGUCCCUCUACUGGUCCCCUGAGCAGGCCAACAUGACUGAUGGAACAUGAAGAGAAGAUGAAGUGAGAGAAAUGCAUACCUGCUUGCCUUUUUGAGUGGAUGAGAUUAUCUUUUUGAUUUAUUUUUACAUAGAUAUGUACGGAUUUCUUUGCCUUAUGUAAAGCAAUUUGAAUGUGUCUGUCAGUGUGUUUACAUGCACUUAAAUAACAAGAUGCAGUUGGUUUUCUGCAGUAAACUGAUUUUUUAAACUUCAUGCAUACGGGUUUCUGGGUACACUAAUCGUCUUUUUACAUGUAUUCAUGACUAUCUUUAAAGAAAAAAGAUAAUUACACACAACAGAUUUGCACUAAUUAGGUAGUUGGCUUUAUCAAGUGUCACUUGUUCUUUGUUAUGGUGGUAGUUGAUAUUGUUUCUGUGUGUCUAAUCAUGAACAGAAUUAAAAUCUUUUAAAAUGUU